UAGUCUUCCGCCUUUGUUUUAUUCUUUAAUUAGCCUAGAACUGUUAAAAAUCCUCCGCUCAACAAAACUUAACACAGCAGUAAGAAGAGAAACAAGAAAACAUAAACAAUCAUUGGACAACGUUAAUCUAUCAGGCUUUCGCCUGCCCUCUCGUUAUACCUUUCUUACUUUUUUUUUGUUGCAAAACAGGUUGCAUUUGCACUUGAAGAACAACGGGUUCGUUUCCCUUUUGUUGUUUUCGACCAGGAAACUUAGAUCUCACUCUCCACACAGAAUCUUGCCUUCAUUAGUCUUUUGUCAGUGAAAUAGUAUUCCAAUAAUGAUGGAGAGGGCAGAGUCAUGCCAAAAGCUAUAUACAAGACUGCGGUUAUGGGAGUUCCCUGAUGAGUAUGUGAUUGAACCCACCGAUGGUUCUUCUGCUUCCUCUUUGUCAAUUAAUCGUGUGGAUGCCUCAAUCAAGCUCGUUGAUGCUAUUCCAGAAUGCAGCGCUGUUCGUGUUCCUAAGAUUCAGGCGAUCUUUGGAGUAGUUGGAAUGCUAAAGCUUGUUGCUGGAUCAUAUUUAAUUGUUAUAACGGAGCAUGAAUGUGUUGGAUCUUACUUGGGGCAUCCCAUCUUCAAAGUCGUAUCCAUGAGGAUUCUCCCGUGUGAUCAUUCACUUAAAAACUCUUCUCCAGAACAGAAAAAGGUGGAGAGUGAAUUUUCUGGGCUGCUAAAAGUUGCAGAGAGGACUGUUGGCCUCUUUUUCUCUUAUGAUACCAACUUAACGUUGAGUGCUCAGCGAUUAAAUGAUCUGGGAGAUGAAUCUAAAUUGCUUCCUCUUUGGAGACAGGCAGAACCCAGAUUUCUUUGGAACAAUUAUAUGUUGGAAGUACUUAUAGACCACAAGCUUGAUCCGUUUUUGCUUCCUGUUGUUCAAGGGAGUUUUCAAAACUUCCAAGCAGCCAUUGGAAAAGAAAUUGUUGAUGUUACAUUGAUUGCUAGGAGAUGUACCCGAAGAAAUGGAACUCGAAUGUGGAGAAGGGGAGCUGAUCCUGAUGGGUACGUUGCAAAUUUUGUGGAAACAGAACAAAUUGUGCAGAUGAAUGGUUUUAUUGCUUCAUUUGUUCAGGUUCGGGGGUCAAUGCCGUUUCUUUGGGAACAAAUUGUUGAUUUGACUUAUAAGCCUAAGUUUGAGAUUGUAAAACCUGAAGAAGCUCCCCGAGUGGCUGAGAGGCAUUUUCUGGAUCUAAGGAAAAAAUAUGGAGCUGUACUAGCCAUUGAUCUUGUCAACACGACUGGAGAUGAGGGGCGCUUAAGUGCAAAGUUUGCAAGUUCAGUGGAACCUAUACAAAGUGAUGAUUUAAGAUAUAUUCACUUUGAUUUCCAUAAGAUCUGCGGACAUGUUCAUUUUGAGCGGCUUUCCUUCCUCUAUGAUCAAAUUGCAGAUUUUCUUGAUAAAAAUGGGUACCUCUUGUUGAAUGACAAAGGUGAGAAAAUGAAGGAGCAACUUGGAGUUGUAAGGACCAAUUGCAUUGAUUGCUUAGACCGCACCAAUGUUACACAGAGCAUGAUAGGUAGGAAAAUGAUGGAACUUCAGCUUAGGAGAAUUGGUGUUUUUGCUGCUGAAGAAACUAUUAGCUCACAUCCAAAUCUAGAUGAAAAGUAUAAAAUAUUGUGGGCUAAUCAUGGGGAUGAUGUAAGCAUACAAUAUUCUGGCACUCCUGCACUGAAAGGAGAUUUUGUCAGGUUUGGUAAGCGAACAGUUCAAGGGAUCCUUAAUGAUUUUUAUAAUGCCCUCGGUCGGUAUUAUUUGAAUAACUUUGCUGAUGGAACAAAACAGGAUGCGAUUGCUCUGCAAGGACAUUACAUUGUUUCUGUCAGCCGGGAUAUAACACCACCGUCACAAAAAGGGGGACUUGAAUCUAUGGCUAACUUCCCAGCAGCUUUAUGUGUGGUCUCACUAGGGUUAUUUCUCACAAUCUUGUCACUUGGGCAAGCUCGAUAUGAUCUCCGGUACUUAUUUUUCUCGGCUUUGUGGGCUACCAUAAGCCUCGGUGUUGCAGCAGUUGUGAAGGCUAAUGGCAGGAUUUUCUGCAAUCGCCCUCGUUUGCAUAAACCACGCCAUUGAUGCAUAUGCUGAAUGCUAUGGGAAAUAAAACUUGUUCAAAAGCUGUUCAUCUUGCUCGGAUCAUAGUUAUUCUUUUUCACAUAUUUUUUUGGUAGUCCAUUUAGUUUUAAUUUAAACGAUUGCUUUACCUCAA